CUAUUUAAUUGACUACUACAGCUUCUUUAGUGAGCUUCUGUUAUUUUAUUGUGUUUUUUCCUCAGGGCUGACCACCAACUUACAAUGUCUGAAUUGACUCAGAACUUUUCUUCAGUCAAAGAAUUCCUCAUUACAGGAUUCCUGGGGCUCAGAGACCAAGAAAGUAGAAGAACUUUGUUUGGAGUCUUCCUUACAGUAUACCUCUUUAUUCUUGUAGGAAACCUUCUCUUAGUCUUCAUUUUUCUCUCUGAUAGGACCCUCCACACCCCGAUGUACAUAUUAGUCUGUGGUCUGGCUGUUCUUGACAUUGCCAUCACUACUAACACUGUGCCCAGUAUGCUAGUCCUGUUCACAUUUGAGUACAGAGUCGUGCCAUUUGCUGCUUGUUUUACUCAGAUGAUGCUUUGGUUGAGUUUCUUCUCAACUGAAUGUUUUCUCCUUGCUCUGAUGGCCUAUGAUCGCUAUAUAGCCAUUUGCAACCCACUUCACUAUUCUAAUUUAAUGUGCAACAGUCUGAUCAUAAAACUUAUUGCCUUCUGUUGGUUGAUGGGCUUUCUUUGUGCAAUUGUUAGUGUUGCUGUUCUUCUCAGACUUCCAUUCUGUGGUCCGAACAAAAUCAUAAACUGUUUCUGUGACUUUGGUUCUUUGCUAUUCUUGGCCUGUGGGGACAUUCAGAUCAUUAACUACGUUGCUUUAUCUAUUGGCUUGAGUGUGAUGUUCAUUCCUUUGGCAUUUAUCCUUUUCACCUAUGUGCAGAUAAUAUUUUCAGUUGUUAAAAUUGCCAGUGCUGAGGGAAGAAUGAAGGCCUUCUACACUUGUGGCACACACAUGCUGGUCAUUUCUGUCUUUUUCCUGGCAGCUGGUAGUGAAUUUGUCUCAGUCAGAAUUCCCGGUACGUCAGUGGAUACUCGUAUAAUGAUUCUAAUAGUACAAAAUGUAUUUCCAGCUUUAACAAAUCCAAUAAUUUACUGUUUGAGAACUAAGGAAAUCAGAAAAAGUUUUAUUAAAACGUUUGAAAAAAUGAAAUGCUAUAAAAGCCCAUGA